AUGGAGUGGACUGAUAUGUUAUCGAAGCACAAUAUUGAAAAAAAUAGUUGGUUGCAGAAUAUUUAUACCAGGAGAGCAAAGUGGGUGCCGGCUUAUUUGAGAGGCACAUUUUGUGCUGGAAUGUCCACAACUCAACGGAGUGAGAGUAUGAACAAGUUUUUUAAAAACUAUGUUCGUGCAAGUACGAUGAUAAGUGACUUCGUCCAUCAAUAUGAUAAAGCAUUGAACGUCCGUUAUUUUAGUGAGAAAGAGAAAUAUGUGAAGACAAAAACAUCAAUGCCAAUUAUGAGGACUACUUACAGUAUUGAAGAGGAAUUGGCCAAGAUCUACACAAGAAAAUCAUUUAUGAUAUUUCAAGAUGAGUUGCUUAAUUGCCAACGGUACAAGGCGCACAAAACACAAGAGGAAGAUGGAAGAAAAAUUUACUUGGUGGGCAUUGAUGGGAAAGAAAAGCCGACAUAUGAAGUGACACUUGGGAAGGAGAACAACAUAGUUUCUUGUACAUGUUGUAAGUUUGAAUUUAUUGGCUUUCUAUGUCGACAUAGCCUACAUGUUUUGGCAAAAAAAAGUUGUUUAAACAUUGUAUUUCAAUCAUAUGUUUUAGAAAGGUGGACGAUCAAUGCAAAGAGUCGUGUGCUAAAUGGGAUAUGUGUUGAUGAGGGGCCAUUGGAGAUGGUCCCAACUGCGUUAGUCAUGAAACAUCGUUUGAUGAGACAGUUUUAUAAAGUUGCCGAGGUGGGAUCACUAUCUAUACAGAGAUUUGAGCAUGCUUCUAGGGGAAUAGAGAAUAUUCACGCAGAGCUUCUAUUGAUAAACAUUGAUGGUGAUGGUAACGUGGAGGGAGAUACAGUCCAGAGCCAAUUACUCUCAAACUUUUCAUUGCAAGAUUCACCACAUAUUGUGUCCAAAGAAAGGUCGAAAUCAUUACGACAAAAGAAUCCAAAGGAAAAUGUACCAAUGAAAAAGCAACGAUGCAGCAUCUGUAAAGAAGAAGGGCAUAUAAGAAGCAAAUGUCCAUCACAUAGGUACUUGCAAUAA